AGUAAAUGAACAUUACUACUACUACGUGUUUUCCAUGGCUAAGUCUGGAGGGCGCCCUCUUCCCAAGGUUGUCGAAGACAAUUUUGACCGCCUCGAAGAUGUCCCCAACUCAUCUAAUAGAUCUUAUUUCAACUGUCCGCUUAAUUCCCCUGGCACUCAUAUCGAGAACCGCGACAACAAUCUGCCGAAACACCUUACCGACGCCGCUCGAUGCCCUAACUGUCCACCUGGAGAACACCCGAGAUGAGCCUGGUAUCGACCUUGAUACAGCACGUAACCUCGAAAACACAUUUGCAUUCGAGCCACCACUUACAAUCCAAAGUAACAACAUCGACGACCUGCUUGCUGGCCCGGAAGACAUUUCAGUUGACGAGAUUGAUGCAGAAUUUGAUGCACUCGAGAAGCAGGAUGUCGUUGAGAGUUUUGAAGAUGUUGAUAUUGAUGGACUCGAGAUAUUGGAAGGUAAUGUGUAUAACUUCGACGAGCUCGCACGAGUUGAGGCCGGUAUGGUGCCAAAAUCUAUUGAUGAAGAGUUCUCGGUGAUUGAUCAUGGUGUGAGAGGGUGGUUGGGAUGUUGCAUCAUUAUAUUAAUGUCAACCAAUGGUUUCUUGACAAAUAAUUUACCUCUGCCUAGUUUUGCCAUGGCACAACCCUAG